UGAGGGUGGUGUCGCGUUGUUCUCUGCUUAGCUGAGCCACUCGUAACCCCGUGUUGUGAACACACACAUUGAAGUCCUACCCCUGCCGAGAGAGGACAAAAACCGGACUGUUAACAAGGAUGAAGGCGCUCCGGGUGCUGUUCUUGCUCCUCUGGAUGUGUGCGGUAUACUUUGUGGGGAUCUACCUGUUCAUGAGUGGUUUUCUGUUGGUGCGGCUGGAGGUGAACAGGACCAGCACCUGCAGAGACGUGCUACAGCCCGGACAAGAGCCUGUGGACUUCUGCCGCGUCCAGCCGCGGUUCCGCAGGGCAGUCCUUCUCAUAAUCGACGCCCUGAAGAUUGACUUCGCCCGGUUUGACCCAAACAACACGGCUCCCCGACCUCAUGAGAACAAGCUGCCUGUGCUGCAAGAAACAGUCUCAUCCCAGCCGUCGCACAGUCGCCUGUACCCAUUUCGUGCCGACCCGCCUACGACCACCAUGCAGAGGAUCAAGGGCUUCACCACUGGAUCCCUGCCCACUUUUGUGGAUGUAGGUAAUAACUUUGCAUCCAGUGCCAUCUUGGAAGACAAUCUCAUCCACCAGUUUGGACAAGAAGGCAAACGGGUGGUGUUCAUGGGUGAUGACACUUGGGAGAAUCUUUUUCCUAAGAAGUUCUACCGCUCGCUGCCCUUCCCUUCUUUCAAUGUCAAGGACCUGCACACUGUGGACAAUGGGAUCCUCCAGCACCUCUACACCACCAUGGUGGGUGAUGACUGGGAUGUCCUGGUCGCUCAUUUCCUUGGGGUGGAUCACUGUGGUCACAGGUUUGGUCCUGACCACCCAGCCAUGGCUGACAAGCUCACCCAGAUGGAUGGAGUCAUCAGGUCUGUGAUUGGCCAUCUGCAGAAUGACACCCUGUUGGUGGUGAUGGGAGAUCACGGGAUGACGGACACUGGCGAUCACGGUGGAGAAAGUCAGAAGGAGACCGAUGCUGCUGUCUUCCUCUACAGUCCUGCCCCUCUGUUUCCUGGACCCCCAUCACAGAAUGAACCAGACGUUGUGCCCCAGACUGACCUGGUACCCACCCUGGCUCUGCUCCUGGGAGUUCCCAUCCCAUACAGCAGCGUGGGGCAGGUUCUCUUGCCUUUAUUUCCACCACAUGGGCAGACAGAAGGUGCAGUUGGAGGCCUCAGCCAGAUGGAGGCACUGUGGAUCAACGCAAAGCAGGUAAACCGUUUCCUGGAGACUUACUCCAGCAUGGCCAAAGACAUCCCACCAGAGAGCCUUUCUCAACUGAAGGACGAAUUCUCCCGCCUCUCCUCUGACUACCUCAUGACACUUAGAGAGGGUCGGCCACCCUCUCCAGAGCUGGCUGCCUCCCUGCAGGCCUACCUCACCUCUGUCAGAGACACGUGCCAAGCUACCUGGGCUCGAUUCAACCCACUUAAGAUGGCAGCAGGUUUAGCCAUCCUGGCGCUUGCUUGCCUCAUGUGUUUUAUCCUGUCUGAGCUGUCCUGUGUUCUGAUCAGGGAGAAUGGGCCCAGAUUGAAGGCUCCAGUUGUCGCGGCACUAACAGUGGGGGUUUGUGUAGCUGUUGGUCAGCUGCUCACGCAGGCCUACAUCGAGCUAGCAUGGUGCCUGGCUGCUGCUGCUUUCAGCUCUGAACUUCUCUUCCUCUGGAGAGCUUGUCAAAGCAGGAAGUCUGCAGCAGCAAAGAAUGGAACAAAAGCUCCAAAGUAUGCGAACUGGCUGACUCCACGUCACCUCCUUGGACCCUCUCUGUUGGUGCCACUACUCCGCUGUGCCUCCCUGCUCUCAGAUAGCUAUGUGAUUGCUGAAGGCCGAGUAGUGACCUUUCUGGUUUUCUCACUGGCUCUUUACAUUCCUAUUCAUCUCAACUGGGACAGCCUGCUUUUACCCCCCAGCCAUGACCCCCUGAAGUCUGCAGGGUUGCUGCCUUCCCCAGCACUGUCCCCACUGACUGUGAGGAAAGAAAGUAGCACCCUUCUAGCCUGUUUAGGGCUCCUCAUUGGGAGCCUCUACCUCUCCCUUUUCUUCCACGGCUGUCGGGAAGAGCAGGGCUCCUGCCAGCCAUCCCCAUUCCUUUCUCCCCUUUCCCGUGUGCAGGACAGCCAGUUGAAGAACCUGAACUAUAUCCUCGCUGUCGUCUCCCUGGGUUUGUGGACAUAUAUGGUGAGAUGCUGCCUCCGCCACUAUGGUAACCUCAAUUCCUCAGGUGGGACGGUGUUCACGGCCCGCUGGAUCCUACCACUGUUGUCUGUGUGCCUGUGUCUCCACUGGGCUGUUAGUGCCACUUCAGAGGACAGCUUCAGGAAUCUGGCUGAGCUGAUCAGCUUGGCACAGCUGGCCCUCCCUAGGGCCGCCUUCUGUCUCCUAGGACUGGGGCUGUUCCUGAUCUGGCUAGAUCCUGUCACUGUUUUCGUAAAGGCCAGGACUGGAGCUUCAGCCAGAGCUUUGUCACUACCCCCACCUCGCUACCGAGCCAGCACCGGAAUCAGCCCCCAAGCUGAGCUGCACCACCUCAUCCCUCAGAUCUACCAGCGCAUGCGUCUUUCUUUGGAUGACGGAGAGCUGAGCGGAGGCCAUGAGGAAGACAGCAGGCCUGCUGUGGAGGCCUACGGACUGGGAACUGUCUACUCUGCCCCUCUCCUGCUGUUCUGUGGCCUCCUGGGAAUUGGUCUGCAGCUGCUGCACCCAGAGGGCAUGGCCCUCUCUUUCCUCUUGCUGCUGCUAGAAAUGGGAGCUCUGCUGCAUAUUCAUGCCUCCUCCAUUACCCUCCAUAACCUGCAUGGAACAUUUUCUGGUGGCUUUAAUGUUCCCUGGACUCCAGUAGUGCUGUGGUCUCUGGCUGCCACCCAGUUCUUUCAUGCCACAGGUCACCUUCCCACCUUCCCCUCCAUCCAGUGGGGUGCUGCCUUCGUGGGAUUCCCUGGUGGUCACACAGGCACCGUACUCCCCGCCUCACUGGUUACCCUCAACACCUUUGGGGCACACAUCCUGUUCGCAGCGGGUUGUCCGUUGCUGCUGUUCUGGCCUCUGGUGUGUGAGGUACGUGGGAGCAGGGGUGGAAAAGCUUUUGGGGAAGAAGGAGAGGAUGCUGUGAUGGAGAUGAGACUGAGAGAAAGCCCCCAGCAGUUCAGCUCUUCUCUCUUACAACUCUCAACACGCUACCUCUUUAUUCAUGGAGCACAGGUCUUUGCUUCAGUCUGUGCAGCUGCUAUCCUCAGGAGACACCUAAUGGUGUGGAAGGUUUUCGCACCCAAGUUAAUGUUUGAGUCCUCAGGGUUCCUGGUGAGCAGCGUGUUCCUGAUGAUCGGGGUCACAUUAGUGUUGAGGGUAGACGUGGCCGUGGGCCAUUGGUUUAAGAGACUCAUCCCUGAUGCAUCAAGGUAGCAAUGGCGUUGCUAGUGCUGCUGCUGCUUUACCACAGAAGCCCACCAGAGCUCACUGUGCCACGCAGAAAAUGGACAUGGCGCUCACUGUAAAGAUUUUAUAUACUGAAACACUGCCUUCAGUGUCUAAUGUAAAGGUCUCUAGAGACAUGUCGUGAGGCUUCCUCUUACUGUAACUCAGACUGAAUUCUGAGCAACUGGACUGUUUUUUUUUGUACAGUGUCUUUGGUUAAAGCUAAACCACCUCACAAAGGUGACGUGGUUAAAGACCCUCGAAGUUCAGAGGUAUAUGUGGUUAGAGAGAAGAACAGUUUCUGAAUGUUUCUCCUAAACACCUGUUUUCUAAAUUACAGUAUGGAUGAAACCUUCCAAGCAGUUUUGGUUCAAGCCAUUCAUAGUGUAGAGUCAGAACACUUCACUGAAUGCACACAGCUUGGGCUAGCUAUAAGCCUGUCCACAGCUGGCCAGCAACCUCAGCAUUUAAAUCAAGCUGGUCAUUAAUGUUUGAGAAUUUGCUUAAAAUGAGACCACAGAGUGGCUGCUGUAGAAAAUGAUUAUGGAAUACAAAAAUGUCUGUCUUGGUAACUGACUAGUAAAUUUAGCUUUCAGCUUUUUAGCUGACUGUUUUCAUCAUACAGUUAAUGAGCAGUUAGAGGUGCAGUGUUUUAACUGUAGAAUCUGCUACAUGACCACUGUAACCACUAAAGUCAAUCUCCUGGUGUCUGGACCAUCUGUUUGCAAGCAGGUCUACUGCAUUUGGUGAAAUCCAUCUAAGUGCAUUACUGCAUGUCUGUCAUUUAAGUGUCUGUGGGAAGAACUUUUCCAUUUCUUUUGCAUAUUGUAUGUUUUGUAUUUUCAAGUUGUUGAAAUAAGAAGUACAUCUGGUUACUGUCAAAUCAUUUAGUAUUACUCUGCAGUUAUUAUUGAUGUUUUUUUUUUUCUCAGUUUUGGGUUCUUACUCUGUCACAAUCCUUUAUUUUUUUAGUAUUUUGAUUCCUAACUCUAUUGCCUAAUUAUAAUUAAGACUUGAUCACCGAUAAUGUUUUCUAAUCUCAAAUGAAGGUUUUGUCUCAAUUAGACCUUAUACACUUUUUCCCCUGCAACAGGUGUCUGUCUGUAACAAAUGCCUUUUUUGUGCACAGUGUCAUUAUUUUGACAGGGCCAUUAAAUCCAGGACCUUGAGAAACACUUUCCGUUAAUUUGUUCUGCAGGUUGUCUAAGUCAGAGUACAGUGUUAAAUCUGUUACCGUGCUGCAGCUAGAGUUCAUUAGCCAAUGCAUGCUAUCAAAGGGCCAUUCAGCUCAGGUGGAACUGGUUACAGUGUAAUGGUACUGCAUUCCUCAGGCUGUCUAUAAAGGAGUGAUUGGUCAUUUAGAGCAGCUGUGGUGAUGUCGGCCCAAGUGAUGGUUUGGCUUAGCUGUGUGAUGGCAAGGCCUUUUUUUUUAAGUUUAAAAAUGAUUGAUAUUUAAAUACCUGAUUAAUUAAAAAUGUUUUU